UGACAAACUACUGUCCUUGGCCAGCGUGUGUUUUCUUGCCGUAAAGAGGAGCUUAUAGACCCGCACCGUUCAAUUUCUUUAAGUGUUGCAAUUACUGCGGUGAACGUGGGUUUUGUACUUCUGUCAAACCGGUUCGUCACAUUUGAAGUCGGAGCAUUGCUCAAUAACAGGUUUGAUAAGAUGUCUGGGAACUGUAGGUCCUUGUUGUUUGCCUUACGUCGCUCUGUGGUGGGGAGACAGGCGUCCAAGAGCCUGCUGUCGCAGAGUAGUGCCGCAGGGACGGAGCGAUGUGGCCGUCCGCGGUUCCAUCACCAGUGGACCGCCCCACUGAAACCCCGGCUUAACAGCCUCUACACACUGCAGUCCCAACACGGGCUACACUCAGAGGUUGGUGUCUGUGUGCUGCUGCUACUCGUUGUAUGAAAAUGUAUCCUGCUGUCAGUCCAUUUUAUAUGGUAGAAAUAUAGAUAUGAAUGUCAUAACUUAAACCUAUAUCCCUGUUGUGCAAUAGGCAGAGGCCCCCGUCAAAGAUGAUGACUACCCACCUCUACCAGACUACAACUCUAACCCAGGGCCGGAGAAGAAGGAGGUUUUUAUCAUCAGAGCUAAAGGACUUCCGUGGUCCUGUACCACUGACGAUCUCAUGCAGUUCUUCUCUGGUAAGCCCUCCGGACAGCGCUGUUCAGAACAUGCUCAUAAAACUCAAGGGGCCGGUUUCCCAGAUACAGAUUAAGCCUAGUCGAGAUUCUCAGUUGAGCAUGUUUUUUAACUCCAGAACUAGGCUUAAUCUGUGUCCGGGAAACCGGCCCGAAGGAAUCGCGUCAUUAUUGUAGAAAAGACGGAGACGUGCCAGCUUGUCAGACCACGGUUGUUGCUGCUUCCUUGCAGAGGACUCCUAUUACCCAGAAACCACAGGGAAAGAGCAGUUGUUACCGGAGCCUCUUACUAUGUGGUCUAUCAUGGCUUCAUGUCAUUUCCUUUGUUGAGUAAAGCUCCUGACUGUUAUCCUCUGUUUCCCCCACCGUGUCCUCCCAGAGUGCUGGCCUGCUGUUAUCCUCUGUUUCCCCCACCGUGUCCUCCCAGAGUGCUGGCCUGCUGUUAUCCUCUGUUUCCCCCACCGUGUCCUCCCAGAGUGCUGGCCUGCUGUUAUCCUCUGUUUCCCCCACCGUGUCCUCCCAGAGUGCUGGCCUGCUGUUAUCCUCUGUUUCCCCCACCGUGUCCUCCCAGAGUGCUGGCCUGCUGUUAUCCUCUGUUUCCCCCACCGUGUCCUCCCAGAGUGCUGGCCUGCUGUUAUCCUCUGUUUCCCCCACCGUGUCCUCCCAGAGUGCUGGCCUGCUGUUAUCCUCUGUUUCCCCCACCGUGUCCUCCCAGAGUGCUGGCCUGCUGUUAUCCUCUGUUUCCCCCACCGUGUCCUCCCAGAGUGCUGGCCUGCUGUUAUCCUCUGUUUCCCCCACCGUGUCCUCCCAGAGUGCUGGCCUGCUGUUAUCCUCUGUUUCCCCCACCGUGUCCUCCCAGAGUGCUGGCCUGCUGUUAUCCUCUGUUUCCCCCACCGUGUCCUCCCAGAGUGCUGGCCUGCUGUUAUCCUCUGUUUCCCCCACCGUGUCCUCCCAGAGUGCUGGCCUGCUGUUAUCCUCUGUUUCCCCCACCGUGUCCUCCCAGAGUGCUGGCCUGCUGUUAUCCUCUGUUUCCCCCACCGUGUCCUCCCAGAGUGCUGGCCUGCUGUUAUCCUCUGUUUCCCCCACCGUGUCCUCCCAGAGUGCUGGCCUGCUGUUAUCCUCUGUUUCCCCCACCGUGUCCUCCCAGAGUGCUGGCCUGCUGUUAUCCUCUGUUUCCCCCACCGUGUCCUCCCAGAGUGCUGGCCUGCUGUUAUCCUCUGUUUCCCCCACCGUGUCCUCCCAGAGUGCUGGCCUGCUGUUAUCCUCUGUUUCCCCCACGUGUCCUCCCAGAGUGCUGGCCUGCUGUUAUCCUCUGUUUCCCCCACCGUGUCCUCCCAGAGUGCUGGCCUGCUGUUAUCCUCUGUUUCCCCCACCGUGUCCUCCCAGAGUGCUGGCCUGCUGUUAUCCUCUGUUUCCCCCACCGUGUCCUCCCAGAGUGCUGGUCUGCCUGGUCCUAAUGUCAUUGCUUCACAUGAGAGAUUCAUCUUUCAUUUUAUCCCCAAUUUUCCUAUAAAAAAAUGACGGUAGUAAAUGUUAGAAAUGUCUACACUUAAGAUUGUAGUGGGCUUAAUAGGUACGUUUACUUCUCACUGUCCAGAGUGCCGUGUGCGUGACGGUGUGAAGGGGAUCCACCUGACGGUGAACCGGGACGGGAAGCCCAACGGCCAGGCCUUUAUAGAGCUGGAGCAUGAAGAGGACGUCUGCAAGGCCCUGGAGAAACACAGACAGUACCUGGGACCGCGCUAUAUAGAAGGUACUAUAGACAGACAGGACCAGGCUAUAUAGAAGGUACUAUAGACAGACAGGACCAGGCUAUAUAGAAGGUACUAUAGACAGACAGGACCAGGGACCAGGCUAUAUAGAAGGUACUAUAGACAGACAGGACCUGGGACCAGGCUAUAUAGAAGGUACUAUAGACAGACCAGGACCUGGGACCAGGCUAUAUAGAAGGUACUAUAGACAGACAGGACCAGGCUAUAUAGAAGGUACUAUAGACAGACAGGACCAGGCUAUAUAGAAGGUACUAUAGACAGACAGGACCAGGGACCAGGCUAUAUAGAAGGUACUAUAGACAGACAGGACCUGGGACCAGGCUAUAUAGAAGGUACUAUAGACAGACAGGACCAGGCUAUAUAGAAGGUACUAUAGACAGACAGGACCAGGCUAUAUAGAAGGUACUAUAGACAGACAGUACCUGGGACCAGGCUAUAUAGAAGGUACUAUAGACAGACAGGACCAGGGACCAGGCUAUAUAGAAGGUACUAUAGACAGACAGGACCUGGGACCAGGCUAUAUAGAAGGUACUAUAGACAGACAGGACCUGGGACCAGGCUAUAUAGAAUGUACUAUAGACAGACAGGACCUGGGACCAGGCUAUAUAGAAGGUACUAUAGACAGACAGGACCUGGGACCAGGCUAUAUAGAAGGUACUAUAGACAGACAGGACCUGGGACCAGGCUAUAUAGAAGGUACUAUAGACAGACAGGACCUGGGACCAGGCUAUAUAGAAGGUACUAUAGACAGACAGGACCUGGGACCAGGCUAUAUAGAAGGUACUAUAGACAGACAGGACCUGGGACCAGGCUAUAUAGAAGGUACUAUAGACAGACAGGACCUGGGACCAGGCUAUAUAGAAGGUACUAUAGACAGACAGGACCUGGGACCAGGCUAUAUAGAAGGUACUAUAGACAGACAGGACCAGGCUAUAUAGAAGGUACUAUAGACAGACAGGACCUGGGACCAGGCUAUAUAGAAGGUACUAUAGACAGACAGGACCAGGCUAUAUAGAAGGUACUAUAGACAGACAGGACCAGGCUAUAUAGAAGGUACUAUAGACAGACAGGACCAGGCUAUAUAGAAGGUACUAUAGACAGACAGGACCUGGGACCAGGCUAUAUAGAAGGUACUAUAGACAGACAGGACCUGGGACCAGGCUAUAUAGAAGGUACUAUAGACAGACAGGACCUGGGACCAGGCUAUAUAGAAGGUACUAUAGACAGACAGGACCAGGCUAUAUAGAAGGUACUAUAGACAGACAGGACCUGGGACCAGGCUAUAUAGAAGGUACUAUAGACAGACAGGACCUGGGACCAGGCUAUAUAGAAGGUACUAUAGACAGACAGGACCUGGGACCAGGCUAUAUAGAAGGUACUAUAGACAGACAGGACCUGGGACCAGGCUAUAUAGAAGGUACUAUAGACAGACAGGACCUGGGACCAGGCUAUAUAGAAGGUACUAUAGACAGACAGGACCUGGGACCAGGCUAUAUAGAAGGUACUAUAGACAGACAGGACCUGGGACCAGGCUAUAUAGAAGGUACUAUAGACAGACAGGACCUGGGACCAGGCUAUAUAGAAGGUACUAUAGACAGACAGGAACCGGGACCAGGCUAUAUAGAAGGUACUAUAGACAGACAGGACCUGGGACCAGGCUAUAUAGAAGGUACUAUAGACAGACAGGACCUGGGACCAGGCUAUAUAGAAGUGUACUAUAGACAGACAGGACCUGGGACCAGGCUAUAUAGAAGGUACUAUAGACAGACAGGACCUGGGACCCAGGCUAUAUAGAAGGUCCUAUAGACAGACAGGACCUGGGACCAGGCUAUAUAGAAGGUACUAUAGACAGACAGGACCUGGGACCAGGCUAUAUAGAAGGUACUAUAGACAGACAGGACCUGGGACCAGGCUAUAUAGAAGGUACUAUAGACAGACAGGACCUGGGACCAGGCUAUAUAGAAGGUACUAUAGACAGACAGGACCUGGGACCAGGCUAAUGAAGCUAUAUAGACAGGACCUGGACCAGGCUAUAUAAGGUACUAGACAGACAGGACCAGGCUAUAUAGAAGGUACUAUAGACAGACAGGACCAGGGACCAGGCUAUAUAGAAGGUACUAUAGACAGACAGGACCUGGGACCAGGCUAUAUAGAAGGUACUAUAGACAGACAGUACCUGGGACCAGGCUAUAUAGAAGGUACUAUAGACAGACAGGACCUGGGACCAGGCUAUAUAGAAGGUACUAUAGACAGACAGUACCUGGGACCAGGCUAUAUAGAAGGUACUAUAGACAGACAGGACCUGGGACCAGGCUAUAUAGAAGGUACUAUAGACAGACAGGACCUGGGACCAGGCUAUAUAGAAGGUACUAUAGACAGACAGGACCUGGGACCAGGCUAUAUAGAAGGUACUAUAGACAGACAGGACCUGGGACCAGGCUAUAUAGAAGGUACUAUAGACAGACAGGACCUGGGACCAGGCUAUAUAGAAGGUACUAUAGACAGACAGGACCUGGGACCAGGCUAUAUAGAAGGUACUAUAGACAGACAGGACCUGGGACCAGGCUAUAUAGAAGGUACUAUAUAUAUAUAUAUCUUCUUCUCCUGCAGUGUUUGAGGUGACCAACAGCGAUGCCGAGGCCAUCUUGAAGAAGUCCGUUCAGCUCCCAGCCAGAGACGGAGUGGUGCGGAUCAGAGGUCUCCCCUACAGCUGCUCCGAGACUGACGUCCUGCUCUUCUUCUCUGGUAGGACACCGUUAACAACAGGCCUCGUUAAAACACUCUACCUUAACAGAUUUGGUUGUUGUGUUAUGCCCUUCCUGGUCGGGUUUCAUACUGUAAGGGAUGUAGCCAACUCUUCUUGUAGGGCAUGUCAAUCAUAAAAUAGUUGGUUUCAGCACAUUAAAUCAUAUUUUCUUGUUAACAUACACAUAUAUAGCAGAUAUUAUUGCGGGUGUAGCGAAAUGCUUGUGUUCCUAGCUCCAACAGUGCAGUAGUAUCUAACAAUUCACAACAAUACACACAUCUAAAAGCAGGGACGGCUUGUUCAAUAGGGCGAUAUGGGCGACGCACUGCCAAACGGGAAAAGGAAGGGAUUUUUUUCUAAUCAAUUAUAUCACGGCAACAGCAGUUAUCAGUGUUCACGUCUGAUCUGCCAGCCACUAAAUGUCAAAUCAGGCUAAAGUCGUGCUUCAAAUGGCCCCGCCCGUUUUUUGGGCGAUUUCAGUCAGGUUGAAAAUCGCCCAGAAGUCUCUCAUAGCCUGUCAUGUAAAAUCUAUUUUUUUCACAUUUCAAAGCUUUCAAUACAUUCUCUAUGGGUGUCUGUGGGCAUGCACUUACGCGCUUUCGUCAUACGUGACGUAACGUUGAACGUAACUAAGACAAUGGCGGCUUGCAGCGUCUAUGUUGCGACCUGCAGUGUGGCGUUAUUUAAUGUUUUUAAUUUGUAGACUUAGUUUACAAACAUUCUGCAAACAUUCUGCUUUGGACUGAUCUUCGGUUUUGGACUGAUCUUGUUGAUCGUGUACAUACCCGCUACGAACGGACUAAAUAAUGAAAACGCUGCUGGCAGCGGAAUCCCAAUACAGCUGGGAGACUUGGCUGGAUGACAGAGUCCCGGACAGAGAGGUGGAGCCGGCCGGCUUCACCCUGGUCAGAGCGGACCGCGAUCCUGGUAAGAGAGCGACUCUGUACCCCGACAUUGAACUGCUUUCUGUGUCAUUGAACCUUACUAUUGUUGAUAAAACAAGUUUACUGGAGAACGGAGACCAAGUAGAGACUUUUGGACAAGGUGGAUAAUUGUAUAAUAUAAGGCAGUUUAUUCAGAGGUAAAGAUAUCUGGAAUCGCGUGCACGGACCCGUUCGUCAAACUCGUAGGGAGUUUAUCAGAAGAGCCCCUAAACAUUGUGUGCUGACAUUUUAUACAAUAAAAUGAAGUAGGUUGAAUCUAGUAGUUCUGAUCUUCUGAUUGGUCCUGAUGAGUUGGGCGAGGUCACCUCCAGGCUAGUGUCACUGUUGCAUUGGCUCUGAGUCGGGUUCUCUGUCUUCAGAUGUUCAGCCUAAGAGAAGAGGAUUUGUGUGUGUGUGUGUGUGUUUGUUAUCAGUGUGUGUGUGUGUGUGUGUGUGUUUGUUAUCAGUGAUGAUGUGUGUGUGUGUGUGUGUGUGUGUGUGUGUGUGUGUUUAUCAGUGAUGAUGUGUGUGUGUGUGUGUGUGUGGGGGUGUGUGUGUGUGUGUCCUCAGGGCAAGAACUCGUGAGUUGGAAGAACUGAGAGACCUAUGGCGUGGGUGUUAUCCUUAGCCACCUGCUGACAAGGCUGACAAGAUAGGACUCUUGUUCAUUGUAUUGAAUACAAAGGCCCAACACAAAAUGGGUCAUGCACAAGAUUUUAGUCAGACCAAGCUAUAACAUUAUAUAUUUACUACGACAGUACAUUCAACCAAAAGCUAAUAUAACAAAGGCAUCAGAGAUUAUUUAUAAUCUGUCACAGAAACUGGAAUCCAUCUCCCCAGAUCAGUCAAUAAAUGCUUCUGGUAUUGACUUAUAUGCUGCCCCUGUCUUCAUAUGUUGUUGCUGGACAUAUCUUUUUUUAAAUGUGUGUAGGUCACCUAAAUCAUCAGAAAAAUUGCCCCUCCUGAGAAUUUUUUCAGGAGCCGCCACUGUCUAAAAGUAAAAGAAUGGAAUGAAUACAGUAUGGAAACAGGGGGAUGAACCAACCAAUCAUGUCCCAGGUUCUGAAGCUGCUCCUUCUGUCUCCUUUCAGGUCUGGAUGUGGUGGACGAUGGGGUCACUCUAGUAACGGACCACAGGGGGAGGAACUCAGGGGAGGCCUAUGUCCAGUUCCUAACCCAGGAGCAGGCUGACAAGGCCCUGACCAGAGACAGAGAAGUCAUCGGAAACAGGUAGGAACACUCAUCACUUUAACCCCCUGGAGUUGAUUUCCGCUUAAAUCUAAUUAGCAUAAUACAAAAAAAAAUCCCCAUUAAAAUAUUUCCAGUUUAAGAUAGAGAUAUACUACAUGACCAAAAGUAUGUGGACACCUGCUCGUCCAACAUCUCAUUCCAAAAUCAUGGUCAUUAAUAUGGAGUUGGUCCCCCCUUUGCUGCUAUAACAGCCUCCACUCUUCUGGGAAAAAAGCGUGUGCGAGCAAGGAGGCCAACAAACCUGACUCAGUUACACCAGCUCUGUCAGGAGGAAUGGGCCAAAAUUCACCCAACUUAUUGUGGAAGGCUACCCGAAAUGUUUGACCCAAGUUAAACAAUUUAAAGGCAAUGCUACCAAAUACUAAUUGAGUGUAUGUAAACUUCUGACCCACUGGGAAUGUGAUGAAAGAAAUAAAAGCUGAAAUAAAUCAUUCUCUCUACUAUUAUUCUGACAUUUCACAUUCUUAAAUUAAAGUGGUGAUCCUAACUGGCCUAAAACAGGGAAUUUUUACUAGGAUUAAAUGUCAGGAAUUGUGAAAAACUGAGUUUAAAUGUAUUUGGCUAAGGUUUAUGUAAACGUCCGACUUCAACUGUAUAUAUUUUUUGUUGUUGUGAUUUUUACCCCCUUCUCUCCCCAAUUUCGUAAUUACGAUCUAACUAACCCUCUCAUCCCUGCAACUCCCCAACGGGCUCGGGAGAGGCGAAGGUCAAGUCACGCGUCCUCCGAAACAUGACCCGCCAAGCCACGCUUCUUAACACCCGUUCCCUUAAUCCGGAAGCCAGCUGCACCAAUGUGUCGGAGGAAACACUGUUCAACUGACGACCGAAGUCAGCUUGCAGGCGCCCGGCCCGCCACAAGGAGUCGCUAGAGCGCGAUGAGCAAAGUAAAGCCCCCCCGGCCAAACCCUCCCCUAACCCAGACGACGCUGGGCCAAACCCUCCCCUAACCCAGACGACGCUGGGCCAAACCCUCCCCUAACCCAGACGACGCUGGGCCAAUUGUGCGCCGCCCUAUGGGACUCCCGGUCACGGCCGGUAAUGACACAAGCUGAAGCGACGCCGCAACACUGAUUAAUUAAUUAAUUGAUGAGCAGCGAUGCAGUGCCUUAGACCGAGGCGCCCCUCGGGAGGCCCAUCAAAUAUUUGUUGAUACUUCAAGGGGUCUUAAAAUUCCAAAUCAAAUAGUUAAAUGAUCCUUGGUAUGACCUUCUUAAAACAAUUCCAUUUGUUAGCUUAAUAUAACCCCCCCCCCACUCUACAGGGCUUAGACUGUAGAAGGUUCAGAACUCAGAACAUUCAACAGCUUUCAAUGGAUUCCAUUUGCUUUCUUGUUUAUCAAUAAAUCCAGGUUCAGUUCAGUGCUGCCACUAGACUCUUUAGCAACGGAUCCUCCGACCUUGACCUUUACCCAUGAUCAUGUCUUGACCGUGUCCUGACCAUGUGACCGUGUCAUCAGGUACAUCGAGGUGUUCCCCAGUAGGAGGAGUGAGGUUGGAGGUCGGAAGAAGACAGAGUCUGUUGAGGAGGGCAGAGACUCCAGACGGAGUCAACCAGACAGGCCUGCAGCACAGCCCCCCAGACAUGGUGAGACAGACAGACAGACAGACAGACAGACAGACAGACCUGCAGCACAGCCCCCCAGACAUGGUGAGACAGACAGACAGACAGACAGACAGGCCUGCAGCACAGCCCCCCCAGACAUGGAGAGACAGACAGACAGACAGGCCUGAAGCACAGCCCCCCCAGACAUGGAGAGACAGACAGACAGACAGACCUGCAGCACAGCCCCCCAGACAUGGAGAGACAGACAGACAGACAGGCCUGAAGCACAGCCCCCCAGUCAUGGUGAGACAGACAGACAGACAGACAGACAGACAGACAGACAGACAGGCAGGCAGGCCUGCAGCACAGCCCCCCAGACAUGGAGAGACAGACAGACAGACAGACAGACAGACAGGCCUGCAUCACAGCCCCCCCCCAGACAUGGAGAGACCCACUGUUUUCUUAAAAUGUAUAGUGUCAUGUCGUUUAUCAUUGAUUGGACUGGAGGGGUAGAUGUAUAGAUGGAUGUUCCAUGGUUGUUGUUUGUUUCAGGGUCUCGUCAGGUAUCUUCUAUGUCCGAACACUCUGUUCACAUGAGAGGACUGCCCUUCCAAGCCACAGGAGAUGACAUCGUUCAGGUAUUAUUAGCAUGGUUUCCACUACCGGGCUGUCUCAGAGCGAGACCGUGCUAACUAGCAUCAGAGGAGUUUGAACAAACAUUGCCUUUCUGUAACACUCAAGAUUCAGAACUUUGAUCAGUGUUCUGUCAGUUCUCUCCUCUAGCGCUGUCUGGGAUUCUGGUCGAGUUCGGUCCAGACGGGAGGGCCAGCGGAGAGGCUGACGUGUACUUCACAUCACACCAAGACGCCGUCUCAGCCAUGACCCGGGACAAGGCACACAUGCGUACGUCUGUCUAUAUAAAUGACUGAUUGUCUAUACUCUAUACAGUGGAUUCUGAAAGUAUUCAGACCCCUUUACUUUUUCCACAUUCUGUUACGUUACAGCCUUAUUCUAAAAUGGAUUAAAUGAAUAAAAAUCCUCAUCAAUCUACACACAAUACCCCAUAAUCACAAAGAGAAAACUGGUUUUAAGACAUUUUAGCAAAUGUUUUCAAAAUAAGAAAACAUAAAUCCCUUAUUUCCAUAAGUAUUCAGACCCUUUGCUAUGAGACUUGAAAUUGAGCUCAGGUGCAUCCUGUUUCCAUUGAUCAUCCUUGAGAUGUUUCUACAACUUGAUUGGAGUCCAAAUGUGGUAAAUUCAAUUGAUUGGGCAUGAUUUGGAAAGGCACACACCUGUCUAUAUAAGGUCCCACAGUUGACAGUGCAUGUCAGAGCAAAAACCAAGCCAUGAGGUCGAAGGAAUUGUCCGUAGAGCUCCGAGACAGGAUUGUGUCGAGGCACAGAUCUGGAGAAGGGUACCAAAACAUUUCUGCAGCAUUGAAGGUCCCCAAGAACACAGUGGCCUCCAUCAUUCUUAAAUGGAAGAUGUUUGGAACCACUAAGACUCUUCCUAGAGCUGGCCGCCCGGCCAAACUGAGCAAUCGGGGGAGAAGGGACUGGGUCAGGGAGGUGACCAAGAACCCGAUGGUCACUCUGACAGAACUCCAGAGUUCCUAUGUGGAGAUGGGAGAACCUUCCAGAAGGACAACCAUCUCUGCAGCACUCCAGCAAUCAGGCCUUUAUGGUAGAGUGGCCAGACAGAAGCCACUCCUCAGUGAAAGGCACAUGACAGCCCGCUUGGAGUUUGCCAAAGGGCACCUAAAGACUCACAGACCAUGAGAAACAAGAUUCUCUGGUCUGAUGAAACCAAGAUUGAACUCUUUGGCCGAAUACCAAGCUUCAUGUCUGGAGGAAACCUGGCACCAUCCCUACGGUGAAGCAUGGUGGUGGUUCCAACAGGACAACAACCCUAAGCACACAGCCAAGACAAGCAGGAGUGGCUUCGGGACAAGUCUCUGAAUGUCCUUGAGUGGCCCAGCCAGAGCCUGGACUUGAACCCGGUCGAACAUCUCUGGAGCGACCUGAUAAUAGCUGUGCAGCAACGCUCCCCAUCCAACCUGACAGAGCUUGAGAGGAUCUGCAGAGAAGAAUGGGAGAAACUCCCCAAAUACAGGUGUGCCAAGCUUGUAGCGUCAUACCCAAGAAGACUCGAGGCUGUAAUCGCUGCCAAAGGUGCUUCAAAAAGUACUGAGUAAAGGGUCUGAAUAGUUAUAUAAAUGUUCUAUUUCAGUUUUUAUUUGCAAUACAUUUACAAACAUUUCUAAAAACCUGUUUUUGCGUUGUCAUUAUGGGGUAUUGUGUGUAGAUUAAGGGGGGGAACAAAAUAAUUUAAUCAAUUUUAGAAUAAGGCUGUAACGUAACAAAAUGUGUAAAAAGUCAAGGGGUCUGAAUACCUUCUGAAUGCACUGUAUAAUCCUGUAUACUCCUAGAAGCAGAAUGUCACCCUGAACUAGGGUGACCACAUGUCCUGGAUAAUUGCGGAACAGUCCCCCAUUUUCGCCCCUUUGUCUGAUAUUCUGAGCAGUGUCAUAUCGUCAACCAAUCACAUUUGUCAAAUCCUUUCGGGCUAAACUUGCAGAGGUCAGUGGGUAAAUUAGCCUUCUAACGACAAGCUACAGGAGUAACUAAACAGCCGUAUUAGACUGAAAGAUAAUUUAGUCCAAUUUGUGAGGCUCUCUAUGCUCAUUAGUUGCUCAUUCAACAUAUUUGAACUGUUUUACGUUCACUGACAACAACCAGAAAUAUUUCCGUGGCCCAUAUAUUCCCAGAUUUUCAUAAAACUGUGGUCUAUGAUUUCUGCAUCACCAGGUUUGUGUGAGCUCAGCAAAAGAGGAGUGUACCUGCCGAUUCCAUUAUCUAAAGGUUGGCUUCAUUAAAGAGCCACUGAACAAACCGAUGGGCACCUGUGUUUUUCUGUUGCUCAUUAGGAAAACUAGAUUUCUGUCUUGGAGGUGUGUUUCCUGACCAAUUCCGUGUUUGGUUAAUGAUGUUUGUCCCCCCCAUGAGAUACUGUAGACGCUGAAGCCUAUUUCACUUCCUCAAAAUCCCCAGAAUGAAUCUAAGAUAACUCAAGAAAUCUGUAAUAUAUGUUGACGUUUUUUUUGCAGAGGAUGUUUGAGUUGUUUUACAUCUAAAGGUGUUUGGCGCAGUAUUUUUUUCAAGUAAAAAAAAUAAAUAGCUGAGCAGGUCUGUCUCACUGUCUAUGCUAGUGGAUAGAGAGCAAUCGCCGCAGCUGUUCACCCCAUGUUAGUGGGCAAAUGGACGUCGUCAAAUCAAAACCCAACCUCCGUUGUGGCGCAUGGAUGUUCCAAACUCCGUUUUAGACAAGACUGAUUUAUGACCAAAAUUACCCUAUUUACACUUUAGUCCAUUUUGACACUAGAAUAAAUGUUUGAGAUAUGAGAUGCUGUAGAUGCCAUUUUCAAAGGGAUGAAUUGCUUUUUAAAGGCAGUCGCUCUUUAAAGUCCCGUAGAUCACUUCACUAUUCCAAAGCUCUACUACACAAGCUUCCAACUUACCUAACUCUGUUAAAGUAUAACAACAUGAGUUACAAACCCCGUUCACAGGGUUGGUUAACUCUUGAGGUUCCUUGGUUCUUCAACGAAUUAGGUAAAUCAGUCUUCAGUUUUAAUGCCCCCAUUUUUUUGAAUAUGCUGCAGAACUACCUGCGAGGGCAGUUUAGGAGUCUAAUGUUGAAUUUGUUUUGAUUAAAUGUAAAAAAUAUAUUGUGGUGUUGAAUUUGUAGUUAAAAAAACAAAUUAACCUGUAGUAAUUAUUUUGUAUUCAUGUAGGCUAAAUCAUCCUGUUGUCCCGCAUUUGGGUAUUUCAAACGUGGUCACCCUACCCUGAACCCGUUUCUUUUUCUGUGCAGAAGAGAGAUACAUAGAGUUGUUCCUGAAUUCAACAUCAACUGACGAGGGGGAAUGAAGUUUGCCAGGUUGGUCUGAAUAAGAAAUGUCAGUUCUAGGUUUCUAUUUAGGGAUUCCUAGAUUUGAACAUCAAAUAUUGUGAUAUAAUAUGAAACCGUACUUGAUAAUAUUGGCUUUUACUGAUUUAGGCUCCGACUUGUGAUUCUGUCUGCAGGGGGAUUCCUACCGGCGGGCUGUCCUCUCCAAAACUAGAUGAUCAGUGUAGUGUGGUGAAAAUCCCCAGGAACUGGAUGAGUCAACAUUUGUAAGGGUGUGGAAAUUAGCAAACAAUUAUGUUAAAUAUAAUAAUAAACUACAUUCAUCAAUCUUGACUUUAUUAUGUGAAGACAUGCAACAUUCCCUGUAGGAUCUGGUCAUGGUUCAGCCUUACAUGACUUCUCAGUGGUCCUCUGUAGCUCAGCUG